UCUAGUUAUAUUCCCGGAAGUUAAGAAUAGCCUGUCAUUGCGGAAGUAGCUUCAGUGAAGAAAACCUUUUUUAUUGAGAAUUGAAAGAUAAUAAUUUACUGUCGUGAGAAAACGAGUCACGUCAUAUAGUUAGAGAUUACUACCCGUUUUACUGUGUCUAUUGCUGGCUUUUUGAAAAGGAGUAAAAUGUGUAAUGGAUGUGUGCAGAAAGAGUACCCCGACAGGGGGAACACAUGUUUGGAGAAUGGCUCCUACCUGAUGAACUACUUGGGCUGUGCCAACUGUCACCAGAGGGACUUUGUGUUGAUCAGCAACAAGGCCACAGAGGAUGAGGAUGGAGAGGAGAUAGUCACCUAUGAUCAUGUGUGUAAAAACUGUGACCACGUCGUAGCCAGGCAUGAGUAUACCUUCUCUGUGGUGGACGAUUAUCAGGAGUACACAAUGUUGUGCAUGCUGUGUGGGAAGGCGGAGGACUCCAUCAGUGUGCUGCCAGAUGAUCCCAGGCAAACCGCCCCUCUCUUCUAGAAGAGUACAAUGACAGACUGAGAUGACCAGAUGUAAACAAUCAAGAACUGCAAGCUCAACAUGGACCAGAAGUCCCAUGAAAGAGAUGGACUAUUAGCAUUAUAGAAAAUAGACCAGGUAUUCUAGAACACAUAUCACUUCUCAAACCCAAAGCCAUAUAGCCAUGCAUCUCUAUAUGGCUCUGCCCAGACAUAACAUUUCACCUAUAGAACACGGAGCUUGUCUAAGAUGGCAAGUCCUAUAUUCAUCAAAUUGAAGGAAUAAUACCUUAGUCUUCUUCUUCUUCUUCUAAUAGUCUUCUUUAACAUAGACUUUUCAUCAGUAUUAAGGGUAAGCAAAGACUACAUAGUAUAGUACAUGCUACUCUUCAUUGACCACAGAUGUAUAUACUGUCCAAUUUUGCUAGAAUUAGAUUUAGGGCCUAGUUCACUCAGUAACAACCCCAACCCCCACCCCAUAAGCACUAUUAGAGAUUCAUCUUGGCUUAUCAGAGCGCAAGAAGAAGCUACUACCAUAUCACAUAUACCUAAGGAUCUACAUUAAGUUUAUUGAAGGUUUGGGGGCUAAGGGUUGUUUCUGUAUAGGGCCUAUGUUGGGGGCUAGGGGUUAUUUCUGGACAGGGCCUAGGUUGGGAACUAGUGGUUGUUUCUGUAUAGGGUCUAGGUUGGGGCUAAGGGUUGUUUCUUGACCGGGUCUAGGUUGGGGCUAAGGGUUGUUUCUGGACAGGGCCUAGGUUGCGGACUAGUGGUUGUUUCUGUAUAGGGUCUAGGUUGGGGCUACGGGUUGUUUCUGGAUAGGGCCUAUGUUGGGGGCUAGGGGUUGUUUCUGGACAGGGCCUAGGUUGGGGACUAGUGGUUGUUUCUGUAUAGGGUCUAGGUUGGGGCUAAGGGUUGUUUCUGGACAGGGCCUAGGUUGCGGACUAGUGGUUGUUUCUGUAUAGGGUCUAGGUUGGGGCUACGGGUUGUUUCUGGAUAGGGCCUAAGGUUUGUUUCUUGACAGGGUCUAGGUUGGGGAUAAGGGUUGUUUCUGGAUAGGGUCUAGGUUGGGGCUAAGGGUUGUUUCUGGAUAGGGUCUAGGUUGGGGCUAAGGGUUGUUUCUGGAUAGGGUCUAGGUUGGGGCUAAGGGUUGUUUCUUGACAGGGCUUAGGUUAGGGUUAUUUUUUAGGGCUUGGAACCCUAGUUAGACUGCUGUUAAGGAUAAAUAACUGUUACAGAUCACAUGUCUAUUUAAAUAGAUUUGACAGUAAUGUUUUUUAAAUAUAAAUAUUAAGUAAAACAAAUGUUUGUAUGUUGGGGGGGCAAUGGAACUUGACACUGUACGCAUUUGUUGGUUGCAUCGUUGCGUAAUAAAGACAACGUGUAGGUAGUCUA